UAACAAGCUUGAAGAAGCCAAAAAAAAAAAGAAAGCAACCUCUGUUAUCAUCCUUAGCAAUUUCCGAGGAAUAUUUCCAUGGCAGCCAUUAGAUUCUUAUCUGCCUUUGCUUUUCUCUUCAUCUUCCUCACCUCCCUGGUCAUCUCAACAACCGCAAGAGACCCAACGUACCUCUACCACAUCUGCUCAAACCAAUCCACUUUCACACCCAACACCACUUACAACGCCAAUCUCAACUCUCUCCUCUCUUCUCUCUCCGCUGCCAACGCCACCUACGAUGCCGGAUUCUUCAACUCCACCGCUGGUCAGGCCCCAAACAGAGUCUACGGCCUCUUCCUUUGCCGCGGAGAUGUCGACACUCAAACCUGCAGAGACUGCGUCACUUUUUCCGUCGCCGACACACUCCAGCGCUGCCCUGUUGAGAAAGAAACUGUGAUUUGGUACGACCAGUGCUUGCUCCGUUACUCCAACAACUCCAUCUUCUCCGUCGGAGCCACGACUCCCUCCGUUCGGAUGUGGAACAGCAUGAACAUAACUAGCCAAAAAGACCGGUUCAGUAAGCUUGUAGUUUCGACACUAAACGAUUCCGCGGCCAUGGCCGCCUCUGCGCCGGCCGGUGCCAAGAAGUUUGCCACCAAGAAAGAGAAUUUCACAGCUCUUAACAGUUUGUAUACACUUGCGCAGUGCACUCCGGACUUGUCAGUGCAGGAUUGCAGCGGUUGCCUCCAGCUAGUUGUUGACAGAUUGAAGAACUGUUGCAGUGUAGACCAAGGUGCCAGAGUUUUCACUCCUAGCUGCAAUGCCCGGUUCGAGAUUUAUCCAUUUUACGGAGAAAAUCUGAGUUUAUCACCAGCUUCUGCCCCUGUUUUCCCUCCUUCUCCUCAACCACCCAGUUCUGCAAGACGGAGUAGAGGAAAAAGGAAUCGAACUACGGUGAUUGUUGCCAUUGUCGCUCCAAUUUCUGUCUCUGUUCUGCUAUUCGUGAUAGGCUACUGUUUACUGGUUAGGAGGUCAAGAAAGAAGCAAAGCACUGCUGGACCAGAGGAUGCCGGGACUGAAAUUACAACGGUGGAGUCGUUACAAUUUGAUCUCGGUACAAUUGAAGCUGCCACAAAUAAGUUCUCGGAGGUUAAUAAGUUAGGUGAAGGUGGAUUUGGUGAAGUAUACAAGGGUACACUGCCAAAUGGACAAGAAAUUGCUGUGAAAAGAUUAUCAAGAAGCUCAAGCCAAGGUGCAGAAGAAUUUAAGAAUGAGGUUUUAGUGGUUGCCAAGCUUCAACACAGAAAUCUAGUGAGACUCCUUGGAUUCUGCUUGGAAGCAGAAGAAAAGAUACUUGUCUACGAAUUUGUUCCGAACAAAAGCCUUGACUAUUUCCUUUAUGACUCUGAAAAACAAAGAGAGUUGGAUUGGUCAAGACGUUACAAGAUAAUCAGUGGGAUCGGUCGAGGGAUUGUUUAUCUUCAUGAGGAAUCUCGACUCAAAAUUAUACAUCGCGAUCUCAAAGCUAGCAACGUACUACUAGACGCAGAUAUGAAUCCCAAAAUUUCGGACUUUGGCAUGGCAAGAAUUUUUGGAGUUGAUCAAACGCAAGCAAACACCAGUAGAGUUGUGGGGACAUAUGGUUACAUGUCUCCAGAAUAUGCAAUGCACGGGCAGUUCUCAGUGAAAUCGGAUAUGUAUAGUUUUGGAGUAUUAGUUUUAGAGAUUAUAAGCGGGAAGAAGAACAGUAGUUUCUACGAAAAAGAUGGUACUGGUGACUUGUUGAGCUACGCUUGGAAAGUUUGGAGGGAUGGAAGACCAUUAGAAUUGCUGGAUCCAAUGGUAGGAGACUGUUAUUCGAAAAAUGAAGUGAUCCGAUGCAUUCAUAUUGGGCUAUUAUGUGUUCAGGAAGACCCGGCUGAUCGACCUACAAUGGCGACAAUCCUUUUAAUGCUUAACAGUUACUCAGUUAGUCUACCAUCACCUGGACAACCAGCAUUUUUUGUUCCAAGUGGAAUGGAUUCAAACGGGGGGAUGAAGAUGAUGUAUUCUGAUCAAAGUGCUACCAAGUCAUCGCCAUCACACCAAUAUUCCAUUAAUGAAGCUUCAAUCACUGAAUUGCUUCCUCGUUAGAGUCUUGAUCAGUCGGAAGGGUUGAUGAAUCAUAUAUAGAAUAUUGUAUUAUAAAUAAUAAUAGUGAUUUAGUUUAGAUCUUCUAUUUCACUUAGAAAUGUUUGUUGUGUCAUAUUAUAUUGAAGUUUAAGGUAUGAAGUCCUACGAAUAAUAAUUAA